AGCUGACAUUUGCUGAGCACCAAGGUCACAAGCCAGGCAGGGAGGACAUGUGGUUGUUCCCAGCUCUGUUCCUUCUUAUCGUCCAAGGCCACUUCUACACCUGCCAGGAGGAAGCGGAAAGAGGCAUAUACGGGGGCACACUGACCGUAUCUUGUGUGUAUAGCCCGGGAUGGGAGUCCUACAAGAAAUGCUUUUGUCGUGGGAAUGACGGGGAUUCCUGCAAAAUCCUUGUUAAAACCACUGGGUCAGAGCAACUGGUGAAGGAGGGCCGAGCAUCCAUCCAGGACAAUCACAGCCAACGAAAAUUCACCAUGACCUUGGAGAAUCUCCAGGAGGAGGAUGAAGACACCUACUGGUGUGGGAUUGAGCCAUUUGACCCUGACCUGAGGUACAAAUUUUCAGUGAUUGUCGACCCAGCGACCAUGCAGUGUCACUAUGGCCCAAGGUGGGAGACCUACGUGAAGUCCUGGUGUCAAGAUGCUUAUUCGAAUGACUGUACCAUCUUUGUUGAAAUCAGUGGAUCAACGCUGACGAAGAACCUUCUGUUUAUCAAUCAGAAAGAACGCACAUUGUCUGUGCUCUUAUGGAGGAAGUAAAACAACUUUUGGAAAAAUGAGCUGUUGUUUUUCUGAGUUGCUCCCAGGCAUUUUACAGGGUGGCAGCCCUUCUCACACUCCUAUUCUGGAAAUUUAGAUAAGGACCCAAGCUUAGAGUUCUUGCAUAAGUUCCUUCUUUGUUUUUUCUGGGGCACCUUUUAAAUCAACCACUUGGAGUUGAUUCUGUGAAAAAUCAGUGACCUCAUUCCCAGCCCCCUUGUAAGUCACAGGGACUGUCACCCUGCUCUCAGUCUCUCAGUCCAGGAUGGGGGGCUGCCCUUCCCCAGGCUCUUUGAAUGCCUCUCCCAGGAUCU